CCGAAAGUCUAAGGUUUACAAUUCAUUUUUUUUUAUAAAACUAAUAUCACAUCAACCUAGUUUUUUUUUUUAAAAAAACGGGCCACAGAAUGACUACCGCUUAUGAGCCACUAGUGCAUCGUUUUGAUAUUGCCUUGAAGGCUGUUGAAGAGGUUCGAAAUGGUAAUGCUUCUUUUUAUACUCAAUACCUUUUAAAACCUGAUUUAAAUAUUAAAGAAGAUAUAAAAACAGCAGCUAUUUUAUUUUGUAUUAUAUGUAUUGUUCGCAUAAUGGUGUCUGGAGUGCAUAAAAAAUCAUGGAAAAAUUUUCCAAGCCUAGCACGUUUAGUUUUUAAAAAUUAUGUCAUUCCAAAUAAAUCGUUAAAAUUUCAUGAAAAUUUUUGGUAUACAUGUUGGCACACUUGUUCUUUUUUAUUUGGAUUAUAUGUGCUUAGUAUGGAGGCUAUGUCACCUGAUAACCCUGGUUGGACGCGCAUGCUUUUUAGAAACUUUGAUUCGAAAUGGUUCUGGUUUCCUACCUCAGCCGAAAUUGCUAUUAAGAAAAGCUCCGGGUGGCCUUUUUUAAUUAUGUCUCCUCUUGUACGACUUUAUUAUAUAAUGGAAUUUUCAUUUUGGACAUCUUGUGCUAUCUUUUUGUGGUUUGAAACCUAUCGAUCCGAUUUUUAUGCAUUGUUACUUCAUCAUGGAAUAACAAGUGCUUUACUUUUGGCCUCUUAUACCCUCAGUUUUUGGAGAAUCGGUUGUGUCAUUCUUAUUACUCAUGAUAUAGCUGAUAUCUUUUUAUACCUUGUUAAGUGCUUGUUUUACAUGAAAAAGUUUUCCUAUUUAAUUUCUCCAAUAUUUUUACUCUUCUCGUUUAUUUUUUUUGUAUCGCGCUUAAUAUUUUUCCCAUCUUUUUGUUUGAGACCCGCUUUUGAUACACGCUUGUGGACUGAUUGGACUCAACGUUUAGUGACAUCUCACUGGCAAAUUCCCGGAGGUUUGAUGUUACCAGCUUGUCUUAGUAUAUUACAAGUACUACAUAUUUUUUGGUUUGCACUUAUUUUGAAAGUGGCACUACGCUUGCAAAAUAAAAAUGAGAAAACGAAAGACAUCCGAAGUGAUGAUGAUGAUGAUGAUGAUGAUGAUGAUGAUGAUGCCGAUGAUAAACGAAUACAUACAUGUGACACAGCUAAUGUGACCACGUCGCAAAAACAUAAAUCUUAUGUUGGAAUGUGCAAUAAGCCAACGCAACUAAGUAGUUUACCAGGCGUUCGAGCACCUGUUUAUGAUACUGAUUGCACCCAAAGUAGCCAAGAAGAAGUUUCUACACGUAGAAGUAAAAAAACUAAUUGUCAUCAGGAAUAAAAACUAUAUUUAUUGACUUGAAAAAAAGUACAAAAUGUUUUUUUUUAUAUAGAAUAAAUUUAUGUGAUAUAAUAUCGAGUUUCUUUUUGUUGAAAUUCAUUCUUUUUUUGAGUAAUGAAAAAAAUUUAAAAAUUAACCUAACACAACAAUAUG